UUGUUUUUGUUGUAAUUCAGCCCUUACGGUUUUAAAGAAUUGGUGAAUCUUAGUGUUAUGACAGGCACAGUUACAUUGUUAAGCCAAUUCGUUUAGUCCUGAGUAAUAUCGACUCUUGAUAGCUAGUUCCGGUAUCGAGCCAACCGAUAAACAUACUUACCAUCAAUUUGUCAGUCAACCACAACUUAAUCGGAGCCGUUAGGCCUGUGUGGGAAAGGCCGCAUAUGCGGUCGAGCCAGGUCAGGUCUGUUGACGCGGCAAUGAUGGAGGAAGGGGCACGGAGCUGCCUUCUUCAGUCGCGCUCCAUCCUGGAGCAGGACAUCAAGGCUUCCUACCUGAUGGAUCACAUGAUCGCUGAUGGCGUGCUGACUAGGGAUGAAGAGGCGAGGAUCAGGAGUAAGCUCACCAGGAAAGACCAGGCAGUGGCCCUGUUGGAGGUGCUUCUGAGGAAGGACAACCAGGCCUACAUCUCCUUCUACAAUGCCCUGGUUUGCGAGAGCUACGGAGAUCUGGCAAACCUGCUACACAAGAGCCUGCCCCUGGUCUCUCCCGAGGCCGAGAAGAGCUUCUCCGACGGGGGUACCCCCUACGUCCAGACUGUGCUGAGUCAGGGUGGUGUUCCCCAGAGGCCUGUGGUGUUUGUGAGCAGAACAGCCCUAUUAAACCGGCUCAGGGAGAAGCUGUACCGCCUGCAGAAGGAGCCCGGGUGGGUCACUGUGUUUGGCAUGGCUGGAUCCGGCAAGUCAAUACUGGCUGCCGAGGCAGUCCGAGAUCACACCCUCAUCACGGAGUGUUUUCCUGGAGGGGUCCACUGGAUGUCAAUCGGGCAGUUGGACCGUUCUGACCUGUUGGCCAGGAUUCAGACACUGUGUUUCCGCCUGGAGCAGCAGAGCCAGGAGCAAGACCCGUCCCUAUCCCUCCACCGGCUUCCCACCUCCCUGGACGAGGCCAAGGAGCGCCUGCGCUUCCUCGUACACCACCGCUACCCCAGGUCUCUGCUGAUACUGGACGACAUCUGGGACUGCUCUGUGCUCAAGGCCUUUGACAUCCAGUGUCGGGUACUUCUCACCACCCGGGACAGAAGCCUGGCUGACAGUGUGACUGGUUCGAAGUAUGAGGUGGCAGUGGAUAGUGGCCUGGAGGAGAACCAGGCCUUGGAGAUCCUGGGUCUGUAUGUGAAUGGGAGAAAGCCAGAGAAACUUCCAGAACAGGCCCGCAGCAUUGUCAGGGAGUGCAAAGGCUCCCCCUUGGUGGUGUCUCUGAUCGGAGCCCUGCUGCGGGAUUUCCCAGACCGUUGGUCAUACUACCUGCAGAAACUCAAGCAGAAGCAAUUUAAGCGCAUACGCAAGUCGUCCUCGUAUGACUACGACGCCCUGGAUCAGGCCAUGUCCGCCAGCAUCCAGGUCCUGCCGGAGGAGCACCGGGAGCUGUACAAAGACCUCACCGUGCUGGAGAAGGAUGUCAAAGUCCCUGCCAAGGUUCUAGCUGUUCUGUGGGAUCUAGAACCAGAGGAGGUAGAGGACGUUCUCCAGGACUUUGUGAAUAAGUCCUUGAUGUACCGGGACUGUCACCAGCGGCCCUAUCUGUACUACCUCCACGACCUCCAGCUAGACUUCCUGGCUGAGAUGAACCGCUCUUGUCUAGAGGAUCUUCACACUAAAGUGGUGUGUCAGUACCAGAAACACUACAGCCAGGGUCCCCCCACCUCAGGAGAUCAAGAGUGUCUUUACUGGUUUAGAUUUCUCCCCUACCACAUGGUCAAGGCCAACCUCACACAGGAGUUGUACUCUCUGAUGUUUUCUCUGGACUGGGUCGUAACUAAGGCCAAGAUUAUGGGACCUGCUCAUCUUAUCAAUGACUACGUGGCGUACGGAGCUGUACUGGACAAAGAGAACAGCGAGGUGCGGGCCCACUUUCAGGAGUUCCUGUCCCAGAACGGCCAUCAGUUGGAACAGCGUCCGUUCCCCGAUGUGGUGCAGCUGGCCCUGUCCCAGCCAGACUCCUCCGAGGUGUACCGCCAGGCGCUGCAGCAGGCGCAGAAGAGGGCCGCCAUGGGGGGACUGUACCUGGACUGGGUGAAUAAGAGUAGUCUGGAGAGCCUGUCUCGUCUGGUGGUCCAACCCCACCUCGGGUCUGUUUACUCUGCCUGCUUCUCCCAUGAUGGCUCCAAGAUCGCCUCCGGUGGCUCCAGCAAGACACUGCGGGUGUUUAACAGUAUCUCUGGUGAAAAGCUGCGGGAGAUCGAGGCCCAUGAAGAUGAGGUACUCUGCUGUGCUUUUUCCCCUGACGACCGUCUCAUAGCAACCUGCUCCAGCGAUAGGAAGGUCAAGGUGUGGAACUCGAUUACCGGUGCUGCGACCAGGGUGUUUCAGGUGGAACACGAGGAGCAGAUCAAUCACUGCCAGUUCACUAAUACACAGCGGCGCCUCCUACUGGCCACCUGCUCAAAUGACAACUUAAUGAACACCAAGCUGUGGAACCUCAACAAGCCCUCCUCCCAGAACACUAUGUUUGGCCACAUGGAGCCUGUCAAUCAUUGCUGUUUCUCCCCUGAUGACACCUAUCUCUCCACCUCCUCCUGCGAUGGAACCAUGAAGCUGUGGGAGGUGUCCUCAACCAACCUGUGGAUGUCCAUUGACGUGGCCAGUCAGUUCCCAGAGGACAGCGAGCAGGGCGGGGUCGUGGUGAAGUGCAGCACCUGGUCAUCAGACGGCAGGAGAGUCAUCUGCGCCUCCAGGAACGCCGUCUUUGUGUUUGACGUUAAGACGACCGAGCUGCUGCACGAGAUCCGGACCAGUCGGCUGAGUUCGGUCCAGUUCUGUCAUGCCUGUCCCAACAGCAACCUGGUGGCUUUAGCUCUGUCCCACUACGCUGUGGAGCUGUGGGACAUAGUGAGCAAUAAGAAGAUGGCUGACUGCAGUGGUCACCUGAGCUGGGUCCACGGAGUCCAGUUCUCUCCUGAUGGAUCUCUACUGCUCUCCUGUUCUGACGACCAGACUAUCAGGGUGUGGGAAACCAAGAAAGUCCACACCACCUCGGCCGUCUCAAUGAAGAGAGACUCAGCUGCGCUUUUCAACAACGGCGACAUCACUGUGGUCGCCGCCGACAACCGCAACAGACUGCAGGUGAGGAAUGGGAGGACAGGAGCAGUGAUGUUCCAGUCAGAGGAGCAGGAGUCUCGGAUCCGCUGCACAGCUAUCUGCUCACAGACCGUAGCCACAGGACAAGAGGAUGGGACUGUACAGGCAGGAGGGCUGACAGCUAGACAGGUUCUGAGGACCAUCAGAUGGAGAACUGUAAAGCUGCUGAACCCACACAGGUGUCUGGUUCUGGCAGUAGCGCUAGAGACCGGCAGCAUACAGGUGUUGGAGGUACCUUCAGGGACCUGCCUAGCUACUUUACAAGGUCACACCAGGACAGUGCUUCACUGCCAGUUCACCCCAGACGGUCAAACCCUCAUCUCGUCCUCCGAGGACGGCACCAUACGGGUGUGGAGGUGGAGGACAGGUGAGUGUGUAGUGCUGCAGGGCCACAAGGAGCAGGUCAGACGCUUCUCUCUGCUCACCACUUCCCCAUCUGACACACAUCUCCUCAGCUGGUCCUUUGAUGGCACUGUCAAGGUGUGGGUCAUGUCUAGUGGAGAACUGCUGCAGAGCAUAGUGUGUCACCAGGGGGCGGUCCUAGCCUGUGACAUUUCGCCUGACGGACAGCUCUUUGCCACCACCUCUGCUGACAAGACUGCCAAGGUGUGGAGCAGUGCAUCAUGGGAGGUGGUGCGCCUGUUGAAUGGCCACCAGGACUGUGUCCGGAGCUGCCGAUUCUCCUGGGAUGGUCGGUGUCUAGCGACCGGCGACGACAACGGAGAGAUACGGCUGUGGAACAUCAUGGAUGGUACUCUGCUAAAGAUCUGCUCCCGUGACAACAAGGACGCCAUGGACUCCCUCCAUGGAGGCUGGGUGACCGACCUGCACUUCUCCCCAGACAACACUGUGCUGCUGUCUACUGGAGGAUACAUUAAGUGGUGGAAUGUGGAGAAAGGGGAGGCCCUCCAGACUUUCUACCCAACUGGAGCCAAUCUCAAGAGGAUCCAUGUGUCACCUGACUUCUCCACCUUCGUCACCAUUGACAACAUCGGAAUCCUCUACAUAUUGAAGAAGGUGGAAUGAGAGGGAAGUGUAGCUCAACAGUCUACUGGCUCAGUUACAUUUCUCUAGAAUAGAGGUCUGGCUGAAUGGUGUUGAAUGCUUUUCUGUCCAUUGUUGAUCUGAAAGAGCCAGACAGGUGAGAGCGAAUAUCUGGUCGCAACUAUCUUGCCUUGACUUCAGAUCAGACUGGGCGAAGAACAGGACAGCUGUAAAACAAGCCCUAAUUCCUACUGCUCUGUCUCCUGUGAAAUCAACCAAAUGACAAAAUACUAAUCCUAAAUUAGGAACAAAGCUGUUCUUGAUUUGUCAUAAAAAAUGAUUCUUACUUUGCUGCGUUUAAUGAUAUUUCAUACAAUGUAGGGAGAUUUUCUAUGCUCUUUUUAACGAGGCACAUGUUAAAAUGAAAUGCAUCAGUUGUGAUCCUAUAGUGAUGUCUAAACCUGCUUAUUGGGACAAACUACAUUCUCAAUAUAGGGUAUUAAGCCAACAUAUACUAAUGGUUGUAUGGGAAAGCAAAGGUUUGAAAUGAUAGUGAUGUUUAUAUUGUCUGUAAAAAAACGGGCCACCCCCAUAAACUCUACGAAACAUAAACUUUGGUUUGCCCUACUAUAUUUAGAGCCAAUGUUAGUAUACAAGCUGUUAACUAUGUUUACUGUCCACACACGUUCUGCAUUAAUGCUUAUCCAUUUUUAUAUGUUUUAUUAUUGCUACUGAGCCUCCCAAUGUCAUGUGCAAUUUGUAACUUGAUCCUUGUUGCAAUUCUUUCAGGAUUCAUCUUUCCUUCCAUGCAGCCUUACUUGAUGUUGUCACUGAUCAGACACUUUCAGACACAUCUGUAGCUGACAGUUUUCUAUCCCAUCAUGGCUUACAAUCCAUGGUGAAUAUAUGAUUAUGAAUAGAAGGAUGUGUUUUAGAAGUUUUGAAACUGGGCCUUGGUGAUGUCAGAAUGUGCCCUUCCUUGGUGCUUUAAACUCAAUCAAUCUGCAGGAGGCCUUUCUUUGUGUCAAUCAAAUCUCUGAAGACCACUGUACUCAGGACAUGAAUGCUGUUUUGGUAAAUUGCCUUGUUAGUUGAUGAGUGUUAUUGAUAAUUUAGAGAAUAAAAUGUCAAUGAGUUGC